GGAGAGCAGGUGAGGAGGGGUCUCUCCUCAGAUCAUGACAUUAGCACAGAUCACCCCUUCACCUGAUACGCGCUUUCCGACGAACUCAGUGUGAGCGAACCGAGGAUCUUACCGGGGCUACGGUCCACUGCGAUUCGAGCGGCGGAAGCGGACAAAUCGACCCGAAGCGCCUCUCGUGCGCGUGAGGAAAGUGAAAGUGAGCAUGUCGUCAUCCACAGAGAUCGGCAGAUUAAUGUACUACUAGAAGCAAUGCCACUGUGUGACAGCGGGCCCAGUCAUGUGCUGUGACUGGUGUACUUCUGGAGGUUUUCUCCAAAGAAGAUGAGGAAAUACAUUGCAUCUGCCUCAAGGAGAAUGAACCCUGAUCCUUUCUCUCACCUCUAAUUGACCUUCAUCCUCCUCGAGGAAUGAAGACGGUGAGCCGAACUUGCUGCAGUUCCACGCUCGUCCAGAUGAGGCGCUACAGAGCAGGGGUUUAUCCUUUCCUGUUUCCAUCGGUCAUCAGCUCCCUGAACCUACCCUCCCCAACGCAGACUCGAAACACCCCCAACGGUGGAGGAAGCCCAUCUCCUGUGGCCAUUGAGACUCAGAGCACCAGUUCAGAGGAAUUGGUCCCCAGUCCUCCAUCACCUCUACCCCCUCCUCGUGUCUACAAACCCUGCUUCGUCUGCCAGGACAAGUCCUCGGGGUACCACUAUGGUGUCAGUGCCUGUGAAGGCUGCAAGGGUUUUUUCCGCAGAAGUAUUCAGAAGAACAUGGUGUACACAUGCCACAGGGAGAAGAACUGCAUUAUCAACAAGGUGACUCGGAAUCGCUGUCAGUACUGCCGGCUGCAGAAGUGCUUCGCUGUGGGGAUGUCCAAAGAGUCUGUCCGGAAUGACAGGAAUAAGAAGAAAAAGGAGAUUCCAAAGCAAGAGUUGGCUGAGAGUUAUGAGUUGACAGCAGAACUAGAGACCAUUAUCGAGAAGAUACGGAAAGCCCACCAAGAGACGUUUCCCUCACUCUGCCAGCUGGGCAAGUACACCACGAACUCCAGUGCGGAUCACCGCGUGCGUCUGGAUCUGGGUCUCUGGGACAAGUUCAGUGAACUGGCCACUAAGUGCAUUAUUAAAAUCGUGGAGUUUGCCAAACGAGUUCCUGGUUUCACUGGACUCACUAUCGCUGAUCAGAUCACACUGCUCAAAGCCGCCUGCCUCGACAUAUUGAUACUGCGUAUCUGCACACGUUACACCCCAGACCAGGACACAAUGACGUUCUCUGACGGUCUCACGCUAAACCGCACACAGAUGCACAACGCUGGCUUCGGCCCGCUCACAGACCUGGUGUUCACCUUCGCCAACCAGCUCCUGCCCAUCGAGAUGGACGACACGGAGACGGGACUGCUGUCUGCCAUCUGCCUCAUCUCCGGAGAUCGCCAGGAUUUGGAAGAGCCUUCAAAAGUAGACCAGCUCCAGGAACCCCUGCUAGAGGCUCUGAAAAUCUACGUGCGAAAGCGGAGACCCAGCAAGCCUCAUAUGUUCCCCAAGACCCUGAUGAAGAUCACAGACCUGCGCAGUAUCAGUGCUAAAGGUGCCGAGCGAGUGAUCUCUCUGAAGAUGGAGAUCCCUGGAUCAAUGCCUCCUCUCAUCCAGGAGAUGCUGGAGAACUCAGAGGGUCAGGACGGACAGAGUUCCUCAGAGCGAAGUGGCUCGGACAAAAAUAGCAGCAGUUCCACGGAGCCCAAAGCCUCUGCCCCCUCCCCGGAGCCCACAGACGGGGCUAACUCCUCCAGCGAGGAGCCCUAGAGUCUAAGCGACUUAUGAAACCUCAGACAGAGAGACUAGACCUCUCCGGUGAGCUGGAUUUCUGCUUUAAGAACAAACGAUGGCUGAUGUAUAAUCAAAACAGCUUAGAAGACUCACACACACAUUGUGUGUGUCCUGUGACAGAUGUGAAGCUCCUCAGGUCUCCUGUAUGGAUUUCUUCAUGUGCAUGAUAAGCUGUUACUUUUUAUUCAUUGAUUUCCACACUUUCUCUUUCAUUCAAGCUGAUGCAUUCAUUGUACAUAUCAUUGUAUGUUUCUAUGAUGCAUUUGUUGGUGCUUUUGACAUUAUCUAACAUGCUCAUUUAAAACAAGCCGAAGUCCUUUAAAAUACACUUAUAUAGAAUGUUUUUGCUAUAGACUGUAUAGAACGCAAAUAUUUUACAUCGGUUUGUAUAUUUAAAGCUGGUUCAAUUCAUAUUGUUUUAAAUCAAUCUCUAUGUUCACUUCUCUAUGUAGGGUGUGUCUGAUCAGUAAUCUGAUUUCAGGCCUUCAUACAGAAGAAGGACUUAGUAUUAGAUUUCAACCACUCUCUGUCAUACUCACCCUCAUGGUGUUCUAAAACUGUAUGCUUAGUUGUCAA